CACUUCUCCAGGCAUAGCAAGGCUGACAAAGGAUAACCAAGAAAUUGGGAGAAGAAAGUUGUCCCAGAAUUGUCUGCUCAAGGACAGAAUUCUAGCUGAAGCUCAUAGAAGAAUCACCCGGCCAGAAGAUCCAAGAACUCACGAUGGAUCUUCUUCCUACCUUAUCCAUGGAGACAUGGUUCUUGGUGGUGCUUUUGAUGGGACUUAUUCUGCUAUACGGAGUUUGGCCAUUUCGAAUUCUCAGCAAAGUGGGGAUUUCUGGUCCAACCUUAUUGCCGUUCUUUGGGACACUCUUGAAUUACCGCAAAGGAUUUAUAAAAUUCGACAGUGAAUGCUACAAGAAAUACGGGAAGAUCUGGAGAAUUUAUGAUGGCCGUCAGCCUAUUAUUGCUGUAUUGGAUCCUGCAAUUAUCAAGACUGUCCUAGUGAAAGAAUGCUACACUACUUUUACCAACCGGCGAGCUUUCCCUGCCCCAGACAUCUUAAAAAAUGCAGUCUCUAUGUCCCAAGACGAACAGUGGAAGAGGAUUCGCACUGUGCUCUCCCCCACCUUCACCAGCGGGAAGCUGAAGGAGAUGUUUCCCAUCAUUAAACACUACGGGGAGAUUUUAAUUCAAAACGUUCAGAAGAAAAUGGAAAACGACGAGCCCAUAGAUGUGAAAGACGUCUUCGGGGCCUACAGCAUGGAUGUGGUCACCAGCACUUCCUUCGGGAUAGACAUCAACUCCAUGAACAAUCCCAAGGAUCCUUUCGUCAAGCAGAUCAAGAAGCUCACCAAGUUCAGUUCUUUCGAUCCACGGAUCAUUCUUGCAUUUACGUUCCCGGCACUCAUGCCCAUUUUCAAUGCCUUGAACCUAACCGCUUUUUCGUGGGAAGCUGUGAACUUCUUCACAAAAUCUUUUUCAAAAAUGAAGGAAUCGCGACUGAAGGAAGGCCAAGGGAGCCGGGUGGAUUUCCUCCAGAUGAUGAUUGACUCCCAAAACAACAAGAAGGACUCUGUAAACAAUGGCAAAAACUCUACAAGCAAUGGACUGAAUCACUCAUAUAAAGGCCUGAGCGAUAAAGAAAUUCUAGCCCAGGCGUUUAUCUUCGUUUUUGCUGGAUAUGAACCCACCAGUAAUUCCCUUGGUUACAUGGCCUACAAUUUAGCCACUCACCCAGAUGUUCAGCAGAAGCUGCAAGAGGAAAUAGAUACUGUUCUACCCAAUAAGGCACCUGUUACCUAUGACGCCAUCAUGCAACUGGAGUACCUUGACAUGGUGCUGAACGAAACCCAAAGGAUAUAUCCUCUCGGAGGGCGUAUUGAAAGAGUCUGCAAGACGGAUGUUGAAAUCAACGGGAUGACGAUUCCCAAAGGCACCGUGAUUAUGAUCCCACCCCUCAUUCUGCAUCAGGUCCCAGAAUACUGGCCGGAACCAGAAGAGUUCAGACCUGAGAGGUUCAGCAAAGAAAACAAAGAGAACAUCGAUCCCUACACAUACCUUCCCUUCGGAGCUGGACCCCGGAAUUGCCUCGGAAUGAGAUUUGCGUUGGUCACCAUGAAAGUUGCUAUUGCCGUCAUUAUGCAACACUUCUCCUUUAAAGUCUGCAAAGAAACACCGAUUCCUCUGGUCAUGAGCAACCAAGCAUUCUUAGUCCCGGAGAAACCAAUCGUUCUGAAGUUAGUCCCACGAUAAGGCGGCCGAGACAAUGAGGAAUAAAACUUAGCGAUGAUGCUUGCAACAUCCCUGCAGUGGAUGCAACAAUUUUGGACAUCGUCAUCUGUAGAACCUUGGAAGAAAAACCAUUGAAAUAGUCACUAAAUAGCUUUGGAGAGAUGGACCCGUUUGCUUUAAGUAGCUCUUAUAAGGUUGAAAUCAUAACAUAGGUGGAGGAGAUGUUAAUAUUUGUUGUCCUUACUGAUGAUGAUGUAUAACUUGAUAUUUUGAACAUUUGUGUUGUAUAAAUUAAGCCGGUGAUGAAUCUAGUUAGUAAAAUCCAGACUGCAUAUGCACCUGAGCUGGAUUGUCCUUAUCACCAUCAGAAAUUUGGAACUUUUCACCAAGAAAAAUCAAUUGAAUUUUUUUCUCUCUGACAUCUACUGAUAUCCAUUAAUAAUAUGUAAGGAUGAUCUCAUCCAGCCUCGGAGAAUCUGGAAACAGGGGGCUUUCAUUAGAAGGAGUCUGUACCACGGAUGAAUUUUAAUGGUGUUUUAACUAAUUAUUAAAUGGCUUGCUUUGCAUUUUGUUGUACUUUUGUAUAAUUAGCCAUCCCUCCUCGCCUCCUCCAAUACCUUUCAAAAAGGUAUUGAAAAUACCUAUUUUGAAAAACAAGCAAGCAUGUAAAAUAUAGACGUACGAGAUAAAUAAAGAUGUUUUUCCACUUUC